AUGUCCUCUACAUCCAGCGCUCGCAAGCCAAUUGUCUUCAUUGGUGCCGCAGAUGCGAUAUGUGGUGAAGCCAUUACGAUUUUUGCAAAAGCAACCGAUGUGCCCAUCGUCCUCGCAGACGCCAACGAGGAUGCCCUCCGUCGGGUUGCUUCCAAGCUGCCCGGUAGAAAUAUCACCAUCCGAACGGUGGACAUUUUUAAUCCCGACCAGUUGCGGAGGUCCAUCGUCGAUGCAGCUCUUGUGAUUCAAGGUGCACAGCCGUAUUAUCGGACUUCGCCCCCUGUGCUCAGGGCGUGCAUCGAAGCAAGGGUGCCUUAUCUCGACUAUUCCGACGAUGUACAUAGUACGCAGGAGUCACUGAGUCUACAUGAGCGGGCAAAGAAGGAAGGAGUUCCUUGCUACAUUAAUUGUGGCUCCUCUCCUGGGAUUACAAAUCUUCUGGCGGUGGAAAUUGCAGAAGAGCUCGAUACUGUUGAGACUCUUGACAUUUGCUGGCUUGUUAGCGAGGAGGGCGGUCAAUUGGGAAGAGAAGUUCUAGAACACCUUAUGCACAUCACUGGUGGGCCGUGUUUGACUUGGGCCGACGGGAAAGCAGCAGUUCAUGAGAAUUGGGUCGAGACAUCAUAUGUUCCCAUUACCAGUGGCCCUAAUGACCUCGUCUAUGAGAGCGUUCACCCGGAGCCAGUUACAUUGCCUCGUCGAUUUCCAAACGUGAAUCGAAUUCGGACCUCGGGCGCUCUCAACCCAGCGCCAUUCAACGGACUUGCACGGGGGCUUGGGGCCGCCGUCAAUUCUGGUGCUCUAUCUAUGGAUGCCGCUGUCGACUUUCUCGAGAAUAUGAGCAAACCAACAGGGAGCUGCAGCGACAUGAUUAAGGCAAUCAGUGCACAGUUCCGGGGUGGAGAUAUUUCACUCAACCAACUACAGAGCUUGGCUUCACAUGGUGUUUCGUCACUGAAACCGUGGAAUCUUGCUCUCUGGGGCAUAAUCAACCAAGUACGAAAGGGUCAAUGCUCAAUGAGCGAAGCUAUCAGCUUUCUGAUCGACAAUUUACGGGGCAAAAAAUCCCCGAGUCGCACUGGGCUGCUCGUUCGGGGUAUUGGCAUCCGUAAUGGAUACCCUGCUGUGGUCAUUAGACGGACCCCCACAGCCCCGGAUGACUCUUCUCUGCGGCAAAGCAUGGCGACAUCGAUCGGGGCAUCCUGUGCAGCAUUCGCGUUGUUGGCCCUUGACAUGGGAGUACAAAGGAAUCCGGGGGUCUACUGUCCAGAGGACUGGGCAAAACCCGAAGCAUUUUUCAAAUAUUUGGAGAAACUCGGUAUCCCACGAAAUCAGAUAAUUGAAUCAGUUCAGGAAUAG